CGGCCGCCAUCUUGAGCCCUGAGGUGCGGCUGGAGGGAGCUUUUCAGUUCCUCUAGGUCUGUUUUGGGAUUGUGUAUCCGCGUUUCUUCAGCUUGUUCAGAGGCCCGUGUCUUUCUAGAAGAAGAUUUUGUUGAGAAGUGAAGGUCAAUGCAGAGUUGCCGGAUGCCUUAUCGUGAAAUUGAAGCUAAAUCUUUGGGACAUGGGGAAGAACUAACAAGUGAACCAUGCUGUAAAAAGUUGAAGUCAACCAAAGAGGCUUUUGUUUUCCCCUAUCAUGGUAGUUCUAAUUUUCACAGAAGCCAAGAGAAAACUGGAAAUGAUUGGGUCCCUGUGACCAUCACUGAUGUCAGAGGACAUGGUUAUUCUCAGGAGCACAAAACCAAAACUACAGAUUUUCUGAAACGUGUCUGUGAUAAGAUGCCCAGUAGUAGACCGGAUGUUAUUAAGUCCAUUGAUUCACAAGUUUUACAGGCUGCAAGUCCUCCAUUGGUAUCCGCAGAUGAUGAGAUAUAUAGCACAAGUAAAGCAUUUAUAGGACCCAUUUACAAACCCCCUGAGAAAAAGAAAUGUAAGGAAAGGAGGAAUCAAGCAGAUACUUCCAAUGGUAUAGAUGGCAAAAGAGCACAAGAAGAGAAACAGAAAUUUAACUCCAAAAAAUCAGAGAUUGACAAUGAAUUAUUCCAGUUUUACAAAGAAAUUGAAGAGCUUGAAAAUGAAAAAGAUGAUUUGGACGGCAGUUGUAAGGAACCCGAACUCUCUGAGGAGCAACUUAUUCCAUAUUAUCAGGACUAUACUAAUGAUUUGAUGAAAUAUGAAGAAGAAAAGGAGAGAGAUAUUAGUAAUGCUCUUCAGUCACAUUGUGUUUAUCAGCAAUACGUGGGGAAUGAGCCAGGCAAAUAUCCUUGUAAUGGACAAGUAAUACCUACAUUUUGUGAUGUAUCGUUUACUUCCUUCAGGCCCGAAUGGCAAUCAGCACAUUCUUUUAUAGUACCCCGAGGUCCUCCAUUUCCCAGUUCUAAUUAUCACUUAAAUAUUCGAAGAUUCAGUGCUCCACCAAGUCCACCAUCAAAUAGUUUCCAUGCCCGAGAUGGCUCUCUGAUUCGAAGUGGAUAUUAUGUAAAUAGUUGUCAAGUUAAUUGGAAUUGUUUGACUUUUGAUCAGAACAAUGAAUAUAUUGACUGUAGUAGCGAGAAUAUCAGUAGUGAUCAUCUCUAUAGAAAUGGCUACAGUGUGCAUGAUGGAUUUGUGAGUAAUGGUUUCUGUGAAACCAGUGAAGGAUGCUGGAAAGAUCUUUCUAUGGACAAGCAGAAUAGAAUGGACAGGUUUGUGAACCAGCAGUUUCAAGAGGAAAAGUUAAAUAAAUUGCAGAAGUUACUUAUUCUUUUAAGAGGCUUGCCUGGUUCUGGGAAAACAACGUUGUCUCGAAUUCUGCUUGGUCAGAGUCGUGAUGGCAUUGUGUUCAGCACUGAUGACUAUUUUCACCAUCAAGAUGGGUACAGGUAUAAUGUUAAUCAACUUGGUGAUGCCCAUGACUGGAACCAGAACAGAGCUAAACAAGCUAUCAAUCAGGGGAGAUCUCCAGUUAUAAUAGACAACACUAAUACACAAGCUUGGGAAAUGAAACCAUAUGUGGAAAUGGCCAUAGGAAAAGGAUACAGAGUAGAGUUUCAUGAACCUGAAACUUGGUGGAAAUUUGAUCCUGAAGAAUUAGAAAAGAGGAAUAAACACGGUGUGUCUCGAAAGAAGAUUGCUCAGAUGUUGGAUCGUUAUGAAUAUCAAAUGUCCAUCUCUAUUGUAAUGAAUUCAGUGGAACCAGCGCACAAAAGCACACAAAGACCCCCUCCUACAGAGGAGGGACAGAGCCGUACUGGCCACCACAUUUCCUUGAAUGUUCUAUUCUGUUUCCUCUUCCUGGAAGGUUCAAUGUGCAUACAUCUCUUCUAUACUCAUCCUUCAGAUUUGGACUCUUCGAGGAGGCAUUUUUGGACAUAGCAGGCUUGGUGAGGUCUAAAUUACGUUGUGUGCUCUCAUACUUUAUUAGUUUGUAUAUACAGAGUACAGGCACAAAACCUUGUUUUAUUGUGAUUCGCUUUAUUGCACUUCGCAGAUACUGGGUUUUUUACAGGUUGAAGGUUGUGGCAACCCUGUGUUGGCCAAGUCUUAUCAGCGCCAUUUUUCCAUCAGUGUUUGCUCACUUCGUGUCUCUGUGUCACAUUUUGGUAAUUCUCGCAAUAUUUCAAAGUUUUUCAUUAUGACUGUAUUUGCUGUGGGGAGCUGUGACCCGUGAUCUUUGAUGUCGCUACUGUAACUGGUUAGGGGCACCACAAACUGCACCCAUAUGAGGUGGCGAACUUAAUCGAAAAUGUGUGUGUUCUGACUGCUCCACCGACCGACCGUUCCCCGUCUCUCCCUCUCCUUGGGCCUCCCUAGUCCCUGAGACACGACAAUGUUGAAAUUCGGCCAGUUAAUAACCCUGCAGUGGCCUGUAAGUGUCCAAGUAAAAGGAAGAGCUGCAUGCCUCUCACUAAAGUGGAAGCUGGACAUGAUUAAGCUCAGUGAGGAAGGCAUGUUAAAACCAAGAUAGGCUGAAAGCUAGGCCUCUUGCACCAGUUAGCCAAGUAGAGAGUACAAAGGGAGAGUUCUUCAAGGAGAUUAAAAGUGCUAUUCCAGUGAAUACACAAAUUGUAAGAAAGUGAGACAGCCUUAUUGCUGAUAUGGAGAAAGUUUUAGUGGUCUGGAUAGAAGAUUAAACCAGCCACAAUAUUCCUUUAAGUCAAAGCCUAAUCCAGAGCAAGGCCCUAACUCUCCAAUUCUGUGAAGGCUGAGAGAGGUGAGGAGGCUGCAGAAGAAAAGUGUGAAACUGGCAGAGACAGCAGAAGAAAAGUGUGAAACUGGCAUGAGGUUUAAGGAGAGAAGCUACCUCCGUAACAUAAAAAUGAAGGUGAAGCACCAAGUGCUGAGAUAGAAGCUGCAGCAAGUUAUCCAGAACGUCUAGUUAGAUAAUUAAUGGGGGUGGAUACACUAAACAACAGAAUUUCAGUGUAGACGACACAGCUUUUAUUGGAAGAAGAUGCCAUCUCGGACUUUCAUAGCCGGAGAGAAGUCAAUGUCUGGCUUCAAAGCUUCAAAGGACAGGCUGACGCUCCUGUGAGGGGCCCAUGCAGGUGGUGACUUUAAGUUGAAGCCAUUGCUCACUAACCAUUCUGGAAGGCCUAGGGUCCUUAAGAAUUAUGCUAAAUCUACUCUGCCUGGGCUCUACAAAUGGAACAACAAAGCCUGGAUGACAGCACAUCUGCUUACAACAUGGUUUCCUGAAUAUUUUAAGUCCACUGUGGUGACCUACUGUUCAGAAGAAAAGAUUCCUUUCAAAAUAUGACUCUUCAUUGACAGUGCACCUGGUCACCCAAGAGCUCUGAUCGAGAUGGACAACGAGAUUGUUUUCAUGCCUACAAACACAACAUCCAUUCUGCAGGUCAUGGAUCAUCUUAUUGUUUAUUUCGUAAGGCUAUAGCUGCCAUAGAUUCUCUGGUGGAUCUGGGCAAAGUGAAUUGAGAACCUCCUGAAAAAGGUUCACCAUUUCAGAUGCCAUUCGUGACUCAUGGGAAGAGGUCAAACUAUCAUCAAGAGGAGUUUGGAAGAAGCUGAUUCCAACCGUCAUGGAUGACUUUGAGGGUUCAUGACUUCAGUGGAGGAAGUAACUGCAGAUGUGGUGGGAGUAGCAGGAGAACUAAACUAGAAGUGGAGCCUGAAGGUGUGACUGAAUUGCUUCAAUCUCAUGAUCCUCCAUUGCUUCUUAUGGAUGAGCGGAGAAAGUGAUUUCUUAGGAUAAAAGAUACUCCUUGUGAAGAUAUUGUGAAGAUGGUUGAAAUGACAACAAAGGGCUUAGAAUAUUAUAUAAAUUUAGUUGAUAAAGCAGCGGCAGGUUUUGAGAGGAUUUACUCCAAUUUUGGAAGAAGUUCGUGGGUAAAAUGCUAUCAAACAGCAUCACGUGCUACAGAGAAAUCGUUUAUGAAAGAAAGUCAAUUCACAGACUUCACUGUUGUCUUGUUUUAAGAAAUUGCCACAAUCUUCCCAGCCUUCAGCAACCACCAUCCUGAUCUGUCAGCAGCCAUCGAGGUGAGGCAGACCCUCCACCAGCAAAUAGAGUAUGACUCCCUGAAGGCUCAGAUGAUGGCUAGUGAUUUUUAGCAAUAAAGGAUUUUUAAUUAGGGUAUGUCCAUAGUUUGUAUAGACAUAAUGCUACUGCACACUUAACAGACUAUAGUGUAGUGUAAACGUAACUUUCACAUGUGCUGGGAAACCAAACAUUUGUGUGACUCAUUUUAUUGUAGUAGUCACUUUAUUGUGAUGGUCUACAGCUGAACCUGCAAUAUCUCUGAGGUCUGCCUGUAUAUGAUUAUUUUACCCCAUUAUAUUUAAGCUCUGUGAGUCAGAUUGUACCUGUUUAGUUCACCAUUAUAAGGUCAUCAACUAGCACAAUGGCUGGGUAAGAGUGAUAUUCAGUAUUCAUGCCAUAAGUGAAUAUGAGUGGUCUCAUUUUAUUACAGGCUGAAUUGUGUGUUGAGUAUGUUGAAGUCCUAACCUCCAAUACCUAGAAUGUGACUAUUUUUGGGUAUAGGACUGUUAAAGAGGUAAUUAAGGUAAAAUGAGGUUAUGAUUGGGCCCUAACCACAACGACUGGUGUCCUUAUAACAAGAAGAGAUUGGGACACAGACACUGGAGGAAGACAAGCCAAAGAGAGAGGCCUUAGAAGAAACCAACCCCACUGACACCUUGAUCUUGGACUUCUAACUCCACAAUUGUGAGAAAAUAAAUUUCUUUUGUUUAAGCCACCCAGUCUGUGGUAUUGUAUAGCUUUGGCAAACUAACAGAUUUUGGUACUGGGAAAAUGGGCUGCUGCUUUAACAAAUCCCAAAAAAUGUAGAAGUGGCCUUCUAAGUGGUAUGGUAGAGGUUGAAAGAGUUUUCAACCUCUUGAAAAAGCCAAGCUUGCCUUGAGAGAUUGUAGAAAUACGAACGUUAAAGGAGAAUCUGGUGAGGGCUCUGAAAGAAAGCUGUUGAGAAGGCUUCUAUCAUCUUAGAGAUAAACAUAUAUGAUUGUGAGCAGAAUGCUGGUAGAAAUAUAAAUGUGAAAGGCGCUGCUGCUGAGGUCUCAGAUGGAAGUGAGGAACAUGUUAUUGGAAACUGGAGGAGAGGCCACCUUGUUGUAAAGUGGUAGAGAACUUGGCUAAAUUGUGUUCCAGUGUUUUGUGGAAUAUGGAACUUGUAAGUGGUGAACUCAAACUGAGAUUCUGAAGCAAAGUGCUAUAGUUAAGGCCUGGUUUCUCUUUGCUGCUUAUAGUAGAAUUCAAGAGGAGAGAUGUAAAUUGAAGAAGGAAUUGUUAAGCAAAAAGGAACCAAAGCUUGAAGAUUUAGAAAAUUCUCAGCCUGUGUAUAUUGUGAAAAAAUGAUCUGUUCUGGAGACAACAUCAAAUUUGUUGAUAGGCGGUGAUUUGCUAAAGAGAUUAUAGGCCUGUGACUUAUGAAUCCAUUAGGCCGUCCCAGCGGAAUAGAGAUGUGGUUAUGCCAGCAGAAACACUGCCGGCCUGGACCGAGGGGCCAGACAGGAUGAAAUGAAGGGAGUCUGUCACGUCUGGGAUUCUACAAGUCAGUGGAGCUAUCUGGCUGUGAACGUGUGUUGAUUUUUGAGAGACAAGAAGAAGGUGAUUCGGGGUUGGCAGGGCUGCCACUACCACCAUGCGGUCAGAAGUACCACAAACUGGGUUCGGGGGGGAUGGGACUACCACACUGGAAGGCAAGGCCCCAAUCUCACUGGGAUGGAGGACAGAGCAUAUGGAGCCAAAGCGGAUUAUUCUUUAGCCUUAAGAUGUAAUGAAAUUUGCAUUGUUGGGUUUUGGAUUUGUUUGGGACCUCUCCCCCAUUUCUUAUUUCUCAUUUUUCCAUUUUGGAAUGGGAAUAUCUGUUGUGUGCCUGUGCCAAUAUUGUAUUUUGAAAGUAGGUAACUUGUGUAGAUUCACAGGCUCACAGCUGGAGAGGAAUCUUGUCUCACAUAUCUCAAGUCUACCCUACCUGAUUUAAACGAUAUUCCGAUGAGAUUUUGGACUUAGAGUUGAUACUGAAAUGAAUGAAGACUUUGGGGGCUGUUGGAAUGGGGUGAAUGUAUUUUGCAUAUGAGAAGGACAUGAAUUGCGGGAGCCAGAGGGUAGAGUAUUACGGGACGAAUUAUGUCUCCUCAAAAUUUACGUUGUGGCUCGGUGCAAUGUCAGAGAGAUUGUGGAAGGGGGGAGGGGGCCCACAGUGUGAGGGAUAUAAAUGAUAAACGUCUAAG